AUGUACAUGUGCGGGGAGACAUGUGUUUUUAAGGCCGAGCCCUCCUAUUACCAUUGUAUUAUUUUUUUUAUCUGCGGGUUCUCACGCUCGCGCAAUCCCCACCUUCUCUCUCUUGCUGUCACACUCCUCGUUACGUGCAUCGAUGAACCUUGGAAAGACGCUUUUUUACUUCUUUCCACUCUUCAGCUUCGCGAUGGCGUCCUUCUCCGCCUUUUGCUGUUCACGCACCUUUUGCUUGAAAGCCAUGUCGUCAUCGUCGUCUUCCAUGCGCUCCUUCUUGGGAGCCUUGAGAGGCUUCUGCUUGCCGCCUUGACGGGACGACAUUGUGUGAGGGAUGCUCUUGUUGUAAGCUAA